AUGAUGGGCUUUACUGAUACCCUCUUUGUUACAGCCGGCCUCGUAGACGACGACGAUCUCGCGAUGGACUCACCUCACCCACACCUCGGAUUCGGUGUCCCCGGCUCGCCCGGCCCAGGCGCCAUUGGUCAGCCUACGACUAUGUAUACUCAGACUCGCAAAGUCGAUGAUCUGGGUCUCACCAAUCUCCUCGCCCGCACUCGUCUCAACCAGACUAAUGGCGUCACCGAAUACGGCGUCCCCGAAUCCGUCGGUAGCAUAUGGGAUGACUGGGGCCGAUCGGGCCGGGGUCUCGAGUCGGGGCCAGGUGGUGCCUUCGACAUGAAGUAUGGAACGCCUCAGGAAGGGCCUAGGACGGCUCCGCUCUUCCCUACUGCCACCGAUAACGCCUACCGUCCGCCUCAAGCAACCCAGCAGAUCCAGGGACCGGUCGCACCGAUGGGACACGCCGCCACGCAGGCGAUGUCUCACCUCGCUUCCCUCCAGGGGCUGAUCGGUCCUAUGGCCCGCGCCGCUGAAGAAGUGGAGAAGCUCAAGAAGGAGGCGGAGAUGUGGAAGAACGAGUGGGCCAAGGUCGGAGAGGAGAAGAAGGGAAUAGAGCAGGCGGUGCUAGAGUAUCGCGACAAGAUGGAGUCGAACAAGGCUGCGGGAGACGCAAAGCAGUUCGCCGCCUCCUUCUCCGUUGUCCUGAUCGAUGGCGAUGGUCUCAUCUUCCAAGAUGCCCUCCUCCAAGCAGGCUACAAGGGCGGUCUCAACGCAGCUCGAAAGCUUCGCUCGUCCCUGUCCCAUAUGCUCAGCCACGCCCAGAUCUCACCGACCUCGAAGCAUUUCGGCGCGGACGUCACCCUCGAUGCCGCAGAGAUCGAGGCUGCUCCGGCUAGGGAGAUCGGCACGGCGAUGAUCAAUGUCUUCUUGAAUAAGGCUGGUCUUGGUCAAGUCCUCAUUAACGCAAAGAUAGUCCCCGAUUGGAAAGGUUACAAUAGCUUCUUCGAGGGCCUCAGUGCCGCUCACGAGCUCAUCUCUAUCAUCGAUGUUGGACCUGGCAAGGAGGCUGCCGACGCUAAGAUCAGGGGCACGCUGUACGCUAGGAGCCCGCAGUGCGAGAUGAUCGUUCUCGGGGCUUCGCACGAUAACGGUUAUGCCAAUAUUCUGUCUUCCCUCCAAACCGAGAACCGCCUAUCGAAGCUUCUCCUGCUCAAGGGCUACACCGACCUCGCCGGCCAGCUCCGCCAAUACAUGUCUCGAGUAGUCGUCAUCCCCGAUCUCUUCCGUACGACAAAGGUCCCGCUCUCAUUCUCAUCUAUCGCCGCCGCGCCCCCUACGCCCGCCUCGGCACCCAAGAAGCCGCCUCCUGCCCAAAAGUCCAAGUCCAAGUUGAACAUGACGGACGACGAUGAUCGUAGCUCCGCCGCUGGGAGUGUGGAGGUACUGGAGUGGAAGGAGGUCGCCAAGAAGCCUACUCCGGCCAAGAAGGACAACCAUAAUGAUACUAAGGUAAACAAGAAGAAGAAGUUUGCGGCGAAUGGCAAGUCGAAGGGAUACUCGGUCAGGACGCUUGAUCCGAGGCCUUGCCAUACGUAUUAUUUAUCCGAUAGGGGCUGUAAGGCGGGCGAGAACUGUGACUAUUCGCAUGAUUAUAACCUGAAUGACGAGGAGAUAGACGACCUCCGCCGGCUCGCCAAAGAGAUGGUCUGCCCAUACAUCCGAAACAACAAGUGUCACUACUCUGAAGAGGAGUGUGUCUAUGGUCAUUUCUGCCCUCGCGGCGAUUCUUGCAAAUUUGGCGAUAGCUGCCGAUUCCGAUCCCUGCCCAACGGCCACGGCGAGGAGGACUAA